ACACACACACACAGACACACGCGCGCGCGGACCCGUUUCUGACGGAACACAUGGUGUUGCGCAGCAGAUGCGCUUUAAAAGCGAGAUGUUAGACAGAAAGGCGCGUUUUGGGAACAUGCUCGAGGCUGGAUUCUCAGCUGGACUUUAAAGCACUUUCCGGAGGAGAUUGAAGGUAAAAAUCCUUUGAUCUGAAGUGUGUGUUCUAAUUGUGUUACAUUGUAGCGUCCAGUGAUGCUGUGAUGCCUCGUUCGCAUUGCGCCGGCUCGCGCGCUGCGUUCCAUAAACCUUUAAGCAAAACUUUGUGACUUUGGAGAUCUGUGCGACACCGCAUCACAAUGGCACUGACUGAAAACUGUAGGAUUUACCAAGCUCCCAAAGACAGCGGAUCGACCCAAACUUCCGAUGUCAUAGAGCUGAACGUGGGUGGACAGGUGUACUACACCCGGCGCGCCACCCUGACCAGCAUGCCCAACUCCUUACUCGCCAAAAUGUUCGCAUCCAAAAAGGACACCUCGUCGUCAUCAUCAUCAUCAGGCGACAUGGCCCGGGACGCGCGAGGACGGUGCUUCAUCGACAGGGACGGCUUCCUAUUUCGAUACGUGCUGGACUACCUGCGGGACCGACACGUCGUCCUGCCCGAUCACUUCCCCGAAAGAGGGCGGCUGAAGCGCGAGGCGGAGUACUUCCAGCUUCCCGAGCUGGUCAAGAUCCUCAGCCCCGACGAGCUCAGGCGCGAUGAGUACCCGCACAGUGAUCUGGAUGACGCAUCCCAGUGCAGCGGGGACCAGAGGUCGUACCCGUCCUCGCACAGGCGUUACGGCUUCAUCACGGUCGCGUCCACCCGUGACGCAUGCGGCCCAGACGCGAAAGGCGGCAGGCUGCCGAAACUUUUCGUCUGCGGGAGGGUCGCCCUGGCUAAGGAGGUCUUCGGGCAGGCGCUGAGGGAAAGCAGGGAUCCCGAGAGGCCUCCCGAGCGCUACACGUCCCGCUUCGUGCUGACGUUCGGGCACGCCGAGAGGGCGUUCGACCUGCUUGCGGAGAGCGGAUUCAGGCUGGUGGCGUGCAGCUCGGCGCUCACCUCUCCAUUUUACGCAGCGCACACGGACGACAGGCAGUGGUGCAAGUGCACAGAGUACGUCUUCUACCGUGGGCCAUCAGCUUGGUCGUCCUCUCACUGCGAGUGCUGCUGCAAGAGCCAGAAGAGCGAGCGAGAGGGUGAGAGCGGCACGUCGUUCAACGAGCUCUCCACCUCCUGCUCCGAGACCCAAUCAGAGGCCAGCUCCCCGCAGGAGACGGUGAUCGCUCGUCCCGUCUCCCAGCAACACCACCACAUCCAGACGCUGGAGCGUACCAUGAAGAAAGGAGGGGCCCAGGCCAUGCAGACGGAGACGCGUCGGAGGACGGAGCUCCUGCGCACUCGUACCACAGGCCCGCGUGACCACGUGACCCCGUCCAAGAGGAAAGCUGCUAAGGAGAAGCUAACGCCUGAGCAGGAGCUGCAGAAAUGCAUUCAGGACUUCAGACGCAUUCGGAUUCCUGAACGCUUCCCGGACAGGAAGAACACGUGGCAGUCUGAUCUCCUGAGGAAGUAUCACCUGUGAAGCGAGAACAGAGGAAGAGAAGGAUGGAGGGGCAAGGAGCACGUACAGUACUGUAGGAAACACAAUCUACCUAUCAGAGCUUAAGAUCUCACGUUGAUUUGCACUUCACUCGAGCACAAUCUUACGGUCUGAUCUCCGAGCAAGCGGCAUAAUGAGCAGCAAAAGACGCAGUUAACUGUGAGUGACUCGUACAGGUUCUGUAACAAAGCACAAUUACUCGAGCUGCGAAUCAAUUUCAUGGUGUCUAAAUGAACCAGCCUUUUAAAGGACGUCCGUGAAAUGGGUUGGACACGCACUAAACGAGCACCCAUCAACAUGUUAUCAGCACACACACACACACACACACCACGAACCAGACACUUGUGGUCUCGAGUACAGGAUGUAUGCGUGAACUUAAAACAGAAAAAAAAAAAAGAAGAAAAGAAUUCUGUGUCAGAGCUGUAUGGAUUAUAUUAACACUGUUCCCUUCCCUCUUUCGCAAUUUUUAUUUGCUUAUAUGACCAACGUUCCCUGUUCCCGCUGCAUGCUUAGGCAUUACAAUUGCAAUAUAGAGUAAUCGUCUCACAUCAUAUGGAUUAGUGCUAUAUUUUAUGCAGCGCAUAAUUUGCUGAGGUUUAAGAGAAAAAAAAAACAGAAAAAAAACAUAAACAUCACAUUCAAAUGAAAAUGUAUCUAAAACAAUAGAGCAGCACAGAUUUGCUAGAUUGUUUUCUCGUCGUGAAGAUUUUUGUCCGGAAUUUUAUUUGAAGCGUAUCUGAUCUGGUUUUUCCCUCGGGGUAAGUUAUACAGUAUGAAGUUAUACAGUAUGAAUCCGUUA